AUGACAUUGACAGCUGAAUACAAAGAGAAGUCAGCGUUCUUGAAACGAGCCUUCAAUAAAGUGUCGAUCAUUGGUCCAAAGUGUACAAAGGGCCUACAGAUAGUCAGCUGGACCAUUAUUGUAAUAAGGAGUUUAAUGUUGCGAAAGAUCUUAGGUUUAACUCUUGAUAGUAAAAGGAUUCCCUUUCCUGUGUUUGUGAUGGACGUUGAUUUUGAACCUGAACAAUGUGGUGUU